GUUCUCGACAUUUGGUGUCGCACUGCUGGCCGAUGGCUCGCCGGAAGCCGUGUGGUGAACUUGGUGCAGGAGCGCCCUUUGGCCGAAUCCGCACCGCUGAUCGCUGUUGGGCUGAUCAUGGGAACACUGUAUGUGUCCUUUGGCUGGGCGUACCUGCCUGCAGCUCACCUUCCUCUGAGUAGCACCAGCUCUGUUGUCUUCCAUUCUUCCUUCAUCAUGGCGGUUCUCUCUUACGAGCGCGGCAUCACCAUCGAUCCUGGCUUCAUCCCCGACAACUGGCAGAAGUCGGAGAACGGUCGGCCCAUCUUCGAAGGGGAAGGUGGCAUAGUCUUCAUGCACGAACGCAAGAAGAAAACGGGCGAACUGCGGUUUUGCAACAAGGAGAUGAAGUUCAAGCCCGACCGAGCGCACUAUUGCAGCGCGAUGCGGCGAAAUGUUCUGCGCAUGGACCAUUAUUGCCCGUGGUUGGCGAACUGUGUCGGGUACCAUAACCACAAGUUCUUCUUCCUCUUCCUCUUCUAUACGCUGAUAGCCACAGGCACUCUCGACGUGGGCGUAAUCCGUGCACUGCAUUGCUGCAUGCACAGCGCUGGCCACACCUUCAUGAUGGGUCAAGGUGCUGUGAUCUCCACGCUCCUCACUGUCCUUCUUGGGCCCUUCUUUGGCUUCCACUGCUGGCUCAUGAGGCACAACAUGACGACCAUCGAGUAUUGUGAGAAGCGACGAGACAACGACGAGUCCCGCAUGUCGCACUACGACAUCGGGGUGUACAAGAACAUCCAAUGUGUGCUGGGAGACAAUUGGAUGCUCUGGCUGCUACCCAUUUCGGGCCCUUCCGGUGAUGGCUUGCAGUGGGGCGUUGCCGAGCUGCGGCCCGCAACUCCGGCUGUGGAG